AGGUUGAAGGCGACUGCCGCACAAGUGCACCUCGGCACAAGAAGGCGAACUAGUGAAGCGAGAAACUAAAAUGGUAGGUAAAGGCAAACAGCUGAAAAGUGACGCUUCAGCGCCGCCGAGCAGCGCUGGCAAAGCAAAACAACCGGAUUCGCAGAUGUGGACGGCGCUGAAGCGCGAGGAUGAAGAGGAGCUUCUGGACAUUCUCUUUGACAGCAUCGCCGAUGCCGAGAGCGGAGAGGUGCGUCUUUCGCCGAAACCGACCGCUCGCAAGGUAGUGAAUCAGCCCAACGCCAAGAAAGUGAUGGCGCUGUCGUACGCCGUCUCGGAGAGUCUCGACCGCGCUUUUUGGGAGUUGCUCCUCCGUGCGGGUGCGGCUGUGAACAAGAAGGAUGAGACCGCGGAGCAGUCCACCGCCCUGCACGCCGCGUGCUGGAACGAAGACGGAGAGGCGGUAGACGUCCUACUUCGUGCCGGUGCCGACCCACGCGUGGUGGACGCGGAUGGACGGACGCCGCUGCACGUUCUCGCCACCUCGAACGCGGCCAACCUGAUGCUGCAGCUCCUCGACGGCGUGUGCAGCGCCCCCGCCGACAGGACGAACGGCGGUGGCGAUGAAAAUGCCCGGGCGGCGUCGUCUGCCGCGCUCACAAUGGACCCCAUUGCGUUGUUGGCCGUACCGGACAAGGCGCAGGGUGCCACGGUUCUGCAUCUCGCUUUGGGCGAGUCCACCUACAACUUCGGUGUCGCGCAGGCGCUGUGCGAAUACUUGGAGAAGGCAAAGGACGCACAGGGAGGUGUGCGUGCAGUGGCGCAGUUGGUGUCCGCUCGCACGACCAUCACGGGCGACUCCCCGCUGCACGCUCUGGUCGCCGCCGCCAACGCGGAGGACGCCGUGGUGGAGACGCUGGUGCGCCGCCUGCUGGGCCUCGGCGCCGAUCCGCUCGCACGCAACACAGUCGGGCAGUCGGCUUUGGAGGUUGCGGUAAGCAGCCGGCCGGGGUGCAGCUCCAAAUCUGCGGUGCAGCUGUACGAGGCGCUCUUGUCUGCUAUCUUGGCCAACGACGAGAGCGGAUUGUUCCUGACGGAGAGGAACAAGAAUGGCCACGCGCUGAUUCACGUCGCCCUUGCAGCGGCGAACACAUCCGCCGUGAAGGCGCUGUGCGCGACGGUGCCGGCGGCGGCGGCCAAAGCGCUGCUGGGUGACCCCGUCACGGCUGACGGCAUCUCCGUGGUGGAGUUACUGGCCACCAGCGGCGCAGGAAGCGCAGAAGGAGCGAACGCCCUCAUCGCGGCGAAGGCAGUGGCCCGCGAGAGCUACGAGUCCCUCCAGCAGAGCCACGAGGCCCUACAAGCGGAGCACCGCGCCGAAAAACAACAGGAAGAGGAUGAGAGAGAAGCCGAGAGAGAGGAGCACAGUGAAAACGGCGACGACGACGCUGUGGCAGAUACCACCGUGCUCGCGGGUCUAAAGCGGCGGCAAAACAACGCUGGCAGUGGAAUCUCACGCGCACAGCAGGCGCGCAGGGCUCGUGCGGCCACGGCUGCGCAGCGCAAACAGCACGCAUCGGGCACCCGCGCUAACCACGAAGGUGGCGGUCGUGGAGGCCUUUUUGGCGGUGAACUAUCCACCUCUGUGAAGGUGGUGGGUGUGAUGUUGCUGCUUUCCAUCGUUGUAUCCGCCUACACGCUGUUCUUUGGCUUGGAUGGCGACGGAUCUCUCCAUAGCGCGUAG